AUUGAGAAGAGCCACAAGGCUGUGUUUGAUAACAUGGGCCAGUGUUGUAUCGCUGGUUCAAGGACGUUCGUGCAGGAGGAAAUUUACGACGAGUUUGUGAAGAGGGCAAAGGAGAGAGCCAUUAGGAGAGUGGUCGGAAACCCUCUGGACUACAAGACCGAGUCUGGGCCACAGAUUGAUGAGGAGCAGUUUAACAAGAUCAUAGACCUGAUCAGAAGUGGCGUUUCACAGGGCGCCAAGCUGCAGUGUGGAGGGAACCGUAUUGGGGACAAGGGUCUGUUCGUGGAAUCUACGGUGUUUUCUGAUGUCACAGACGACAUGAGAAUUGCUAAAGAAGAGAUAUUUGGUCCCGUUCAACAAAUAAUGAAGUUCAAGACUAUGGAGGAAGUAAUCGAGAGGGCCAAUAACACAACAUAUGGGCUUGGAGCCGCCGUGUUCACCCAAGAUAUAAACAAGGCAAUUAAAUUCUCCAACAGCGUCAAGGCGGGCACCGUUUGGGUUAACACCUACAAUGAAACGACUGUAGCGGCACCUUUUGGUGGGUACAAGAUGUCAGGGCUUGGAAGGGAAUUGGGAUCGUACGGCUUACGCCAGUACACCGAGAUAAAGACGGUGCUUAUUCGUAACACAGACAAGAACAGUUAAACAGGCACAGAUGACCUGCGGGCGGGGUAUACACUGGUAUCUGUACAUGCUAUGAUGUACACAGUCGCGAUGAUAUACCCUUGACUUUAACGAUUUCCCGGUGCGAUGUGAAGAAAAUGGUGAAGGACAGUUUCCUAGAUUCAGUACUCACGCUGACUGCUCAAUACACAGUGUUAGUUUAUCAUGUGUUUUCAGUGGCUUCAUAAGCUUAUUUUAUCAUGUUUUCAUUGGCUUUAAAAGCUUAUGCAGACUUAUGAAUUGGAAUUGCUUUGGUUCUCAUCAAACACUGUAUCCACCAGAACGAUAUAUGAAUGUAUAAAAACUACACAAAUGGAAUCAGCAAGCAAGUGCAACAUGUAUAACAAUCAAAACGAAGGCAGAAGUUUCCAUUUAUUUUUAUAACCAUAGCACCAUAAAUCCGAGUUCGGUAUCUAUAUCUUAUCACGAAUGGCUCCACGUGGUAGAAUCUUAUGGGGAUACUACAGGUCGAAUAAAUUAGUUGAUACUCUUGUCGA